CCUUCAGUCCCUUUAAUACCGACAGGAGCAGAUACCCAACAGAAUAUCUUUACUCUGUGUGCUUUAAACAGGCUCUACUAUAUAUAGGCUCGUUUAAGAUGAGCCACGCCUCCCCAGGAUCGAUCGCCGCACAAUGCAUGCCGGUUAGGUUUAUGUCCGACUUGCUCUGACGUCAUGCACACUUGUUCAACGACUUAAACUGCGGGCACGCGGGCCAUUUCCGGCAAAGUGAGCAGAAACAUAACAGCCUGCAUGAGACAUGAAGAGGAGCAAAAAGAGGUUCUUGAUAUGUAGAGAGCAUGGUAGAGAGGGCUGCUGACGCAUGUCUGAUAUAAUGACCCUCAACAGCCUAGCACACAGGUUAGUGCUGGGCUCGAAUGUCACUGAACAAUUGUAUUCUUGAUAUUCCUGAUCAGCCAUUUUGGUCAUUAUUCUCAAUGAUGAAUUAAGUGACUUUUGGAUUUUUGUUUCAUUAUGAACAUGAUCUGUAAUCCAAAAGCCCCAUAUGUAAAACUCAAAAGGUUGCAGAAUCCUUUGUCAUAAGUCUGUUAUACAGACAAACUAAACCAAAUAUGAAUGAUUGGUGUUUUCUGUGUUCAAAUUUGUAAUGAGUACUGUUUUUAAAUCAAAAGAAACUACCACUUUAAUCCAGCACCUCUUUGCCGAAGGCUGUGUUUUUAUUUUAACAAUGGUUCUCAGUCAUAUACUACAGCCCUGAAUAGUUUUUAUCCUAUAAGGUGUUAAAUGCAUCAACCUUGCAAAUUAAAAUGCUUAUAGUCCCUUCUGUUAAUAACAGAAUGUACUGAACCAGUUUGAUAUGUUACAUUACACAAAUUCAAAUAUAUAACUACAAAAUAUAGAGUUAUGAGGCCUCACAUUUUUGUAAGAAGGUGCUUUUUUGUGCUAGUGUAAAGACUCUGUUUUUAGUGAGUUGUGGUGGAAAUGAAGUAGGCACAGCCACACAAAGUGACAAAUGAGGUGCACACACCUGCAGAGAAGGGUGUAUUAAUCAAAUGUAGUGGUAGUGUGGGGCAGACAGAGGAGGAGAUGGGUGAGGACAGAAGGUCAUCAGAGUAAACACACUGCCAGGCCCUGUACCAAUUAGCCUACAGGGGGGAGGAAAAACAACUGCAGUGGACAUGCUGACACCAUUAACUUGCCUCUGUGGUUGAUGUCACUUGUGCUGAUGAGCUGGGAUUGGCAUCAGGUGUGAUUGCUGAUUAACUCCGGCUGCAAGCAAUUUUCUCCCUCAUGUCCUCUCCCCUUGUAUUUGGCUUUGUGGCACUGCAGGGCAAUGCUGACUGUCUGGCCUGGUGGCACUGCUGUCAGGCUAUGGAUUGUGCAUGCUUGAGUUUAAGCCUCUUCCCUCUUCUUGUGAUUCUCAGCUCAUGUUUAUUGUAUCAAGCCAAUCAAUCCCAUUCAGCCUCCGGAAUAACUCGGUGGCCAAUAGUACAUUGUAGUUGUGUAGUGCAGCAAUUGGUGUAAAUUUGAUACAAUGCAAUGUAAGGCAGACUGGUAGGAAUGACAUUGGUCUGUUUUAACCUUCACUGUUCCUCUGCUCUUUACUCCCAAUCAGUUUAUCCGGAUAAGAAACGUGCUGAGAGGAGAUAAGAGAUACCGGAGAAACAGUAGCCUACGCAUAGCUUAUGAUAUGAGUGUAUUUGUAUGUAUGUGUGUGUUGUGUGUGUGACCUGGCUAGGGGUGACAUUGUUGCUACUUGAGGUACCAUUUUACGCAGGUAGCCGUGUAAAAGUGCGUGUUUAAACAUAUGUGUGUUUGUGCGCAUGUGCAUAUAAAAAUGGGAGUUGUUAUGUAUAAAAGGCUUUUCCAGAAAAGCUGUCCUGUUUCUGACCACUGUGUGUGUGUGUGUGUGUGUUUUUGUGUGAGGGAGAGGGAGAAACAGGGUGUAUGUUUGGGACUGGACCCUAACUGAAAGCCAAAAUUCCGGGGGCGAAGAAGGAUCGAGUGGUCUGGACCUCCAUUGAUUUAGGAGAGCAGUCCCCUAUUACACCUGCAACCAUGAGUAAACAGGACACGUACGACAUGUUUGAGAUGGAUGGAGACAUGGAUAAGAAGAAGAAGAAGAAGCAGAAGAAGAAGGAGAAAUUGGAGGGCAUGAAGAAAGAAAUGGAUAUUGACGACCAUGAGAUUACGAUUGAAGAACUAGAAAUGAGGUACAACACUAGUGUUACCAAGGGAUUGACCUCCACCUUUGCCCGUCAGGUCUUGGAAAGAGACGGUCCUAAUGAACUGAAGCCUCCUAAAGGAACUCCAGAGUAUGUGAAAUUUGCCAGGCAGCUGGCUGGAGGGCUGCAGUGUCUGAUGUGGGUCGCGGCUGUCAUCUGCUUCAUCGCCUUUGGAAUUGAACUUGCGAGAGGGAACCUCACCAGCUUUGACAAUCUUUAUUUGGCCAUUGUCCUAAUUGCUGUUGUCGUGGUAACUGGUUGCUUUGGUUACUACCAAGAAUUCAAGAGUACCAACAUCAUUGCCAGCUUCAAGAAUCUGGUGCCACAGCAAGCUAUUGUGAUCCGUGAUGGCCAGAAAAACCAGAUCAAUGCCAUUGAUCUGGUGGUGGGGGAUUUGGUGGAGAUCAAGGGAGGAGACAGAGUCCCCGCUGACAUUCGCAUCAUCACUAGUCAGGCCUGCAAGGUGGACAACUCGUCCUUGACAGGGGAGUCUGAACCGCAAACCAGGAGCCCAGAAUGUACUCAUGAGAAUCCACUAGAGACCAGAAACAUUGCGUUCUUCUCUACAACCUGUCUGGAAGGUGUUGCUACUGGUAUGAUCAUCAGCACAGGUGAUCGUACCAUUAUCGGUCGUAUUGCCAGCUUGGCAAGUGGUGUGGGAAACGAGAAGACACCCAUUGCCAUAGAAAUCGAGCAUUUUGUUGACAUCAUUGCUGGCCUUGCAAUCUUUUUCGGGUUUACCUUCUUUGUGGUUGCCAUGUUCAUCGGAUAUGCCUUCCUGGAAGCCAUGAUCUUCUUCAUGGCUAUUGUGGUGGCUUAUGUGCCAGAGGGGCUACUUGCUACAGUUACCGUAUGUCUGUCUCUGACUGCUAAACGACUUGCCAGGAAGAACUGUGUCGUGAAAAACCUUGAAGCCGUGGAGACAUUGGGCUCCACUUCUGUGAUCUGUUCUGAUAAGACGGGUACUCUAACCCAGAACCGGAUGACUGUAGCUCAUCUUUGGUUUGACAAUCAGAUCCACGCUGCUGAUACCACUGAAGAUCAGUCAGGCCAGAGUUUUGACCAGUCAUCAGAAACUUGGCGAUCACUGGCGAGAGUGGCUUCCCUGUGUAACAGAGCAACUUUUAGACCUGAUCAGGAGGGUGUGCCUAUUCCUAAGAGGACUGUGGUGGGAGAUGCGUCAGAGACAGCUCUGCUGAAGUUUACCGAGCUCACUGUAGGGAACAUCAUGGACUACCGUAAUCGCUUCAAGAAAGUGGUAGAGGUGCCCUUUAACUCCACCAACAAGUUCCAGCUGUCCAUCCAUGAACUCGAGGAUCCUCUGGACCUACGCUACCUGUUGGUGAUGAAGGGAGCGCCAGAACGUAUCUUGGAGCGCUGCUCCACCAUUUUGAUAAAAGGCCAGGAGUUGCCUCUGGAUGAGCAGUGGAGCGAAGCUUUUCAGACAGCUUAUAUGGACCUGGGAGGACUGGGAGAGAGAGUACUGGGUUUCUGUCACAUCUAUCUGAAUGAGAAAGAGUUUCCUCGUGGCUAUCGAUUUGACCCUGAUGAGAUGAAUUUCACCACGUCCGGACUGUGCUUUGCUGGUCUCAUCUCAAUGAUUGACCCCCCCAGAGCCACCGUACCCGAUGCAGUGAUGAAAUGUCGUACUGCUGGUAUCAGGGUUGUCAUGGUGACUGGGGACCAUCCAAUCACAGCCAGGGCCAUUGCAGCUAAUGUUGGUAUCAUCUCAGAAGGCAGUGAAACAGUGGAAGAUAUUGCCCAGAGGAAGCGCAUACCUGUGGAACAAGUCAACAAGAGGGACGCCCGUGCAUGUGUGAUCAGUGGUGGUCAGCUGAAAGAGAUGAGCAGUGAAGAGUUGGAUGAUGCACUACGGAACCAUCCUGAAAUGGUGUUUGCGAGAACAUCCCCUCAGCAGAAACUGAUUAUUGUGGAGAGUUGUCAACGUCUGGGCUCUAUUGUCGCUGUGACAGGUGAUGGUGUGAAUGACUCUCCGGCUCUUAAGAAGGCUGAUAUUGGUGUCGCCAUGGGGAUCGCUGGGUCGGAUGCUGCCAAGAACGCUGCAGACAUGAUCCUGUUGGAUGACAACUUUGCUUCGAUUGUUACUGGAGUGGAGCAGGGCCGUCUUAUCUUUGACAACCUGAAGAAGUCUAUUGCCUACACACUAACCAAGAACAUCCCUGAGCUGACGCCAUAUCUGAUCUACAUCACCGUCAGUGUGCCUCUUCCUCUGGGCUGCAUCACGAUCCUCUUCAUCGAACUGGCCACUGAUAUUUUCCCCUCUGUCUCUCUGGCUUAUGAGAAAGCAGAGAGUGACAUCAUGCACCUGAAGCCCAGGAACCCUCGCCGUGAUCGUCUGGUAAACGAAUCCCUGGCUGUGUACUCAUACUUCCAGAUAGGAGCCAUCCAGUCCUUUGCAGGUUUUACAGAUUAUUUCACAGCCAUGGCCCAGGAGGGCUGGUUUCCACUCUUGUGUGUCGGCCUGCGUUCUCAGUGGGAGGAUGUUCACCUUCAAGACUUACAGGACAGCUAUGGACAAGAAUGGACCUUCAGUCAGAGGUUGUACCAGGAGUAUACGUGCUACACUGUAUUUUUCGUCAGUAUUGAGAUCUGUCAGAUCUCAGAUGUGCUUAUCAGGAAAACUCGACGUCUCUCUGUGUUCCAGCAAGGCUUCUUCAGGAACCGUGUCCUGGUUUCUGCCAUAGUCUUCCAGCUCUGUCUGGGUAAUCUGCUUUGUUACUGCCCUGGAAUGCCCAAUAUUUUCAAUUUCAUGCCUAUCAGAGUCCAGUGGUGGUUUGUUCCUGUUCCAUAUGGUAUUCUAAUCUUCGUCUAUGAUGAGAUCAGGAAGUUAGGAGUCAGAAGAUAUCCAGGAAGUUGGUGGGAUCAGGAAUUAUACUACUGAAACCAGAAAAGGGUUUUCAUUCAUCCAUUCAUCCAUAUGCAUGAAGGCAUCACUCAUGAACAGAAGACUGGAAACCAAGAGGACCUUCCUCAAUUUACCAUUCAUCUACAUUACUUUGCGAUCUAUGUAUUUAUAGCUUAAAGUGUAUUUUAAUGUCAAGAGUCUGCCUAAAUCCUUCUAACAAAGUAAAAAGGUAAUAAUUACUGAAAGUCAUCAAUGAUUAAUUCUCAUAGAUUUGUUGUGUUCCAGCUCUUUGACUGUGGCUGCUUUGUAUUUGUACUAAUAAAGAAUUUUAAGACUGA